AUGGGGAAAGCUUGCCCAAGUUAUGUUGGACCAUUUAGGGUCGUUGAGCGUGUUGGAACUAUUUCGUAUCAACUAGAUCGUCCCGCAUCAAUGUCAGGUGUACACGAUGUUUCCCAGGUUUCGAUGACCAAGAAGCAUUUACAUGACGAGGAGUGGCACAGAGUGUUUGACGCACCAGACUUAGAGAUUCAGGCUGAUUUGACAAACAUUGAGAUUCUAUUUUGUAUUCUCGCUAGAAAGGGUAAGGAGCUUAGAAAUAAGAUGAUUCCUUUAGUUAAAGUGCAGUGGAACCAGAAAGGAGGUGAAGAACCUUCUUGGGAGCGCGAGAGGAAAUGCGUCAUGACUAUCCAUACCUAUUUGAGUAGGUAA